AUAGCUUCCCGCCGUUUACAUAUAUAAUGUAGAAUUUAUGUAAACCCCAAUGAACAAUGAGCCCAUUGUUAAUAAUGGUCACGGGAAUAUACUACCUGGUUAUGUAUGAAAAUUUGUGCAUUUCAACUGUUGCUUUUCGAAAGUAGCAAGAAUAGAUCCUAAAUUUUGUAUGGAACGGGGUAUGUUCUAACAAUGCUCUUCUGUCAUUGGGAAAUGGCCAUCGUUGGUCAAUGACUCACUGUGCAAGACAGUUUCGUGGGUGACUAUCCCCUUGUGUCUCUGGAAAACGUAGAACGCUGCCUGAGCUGAGGGGAUGUACAUGUCUAAAAGUAUACUAACCCUGAUCAGUGAUGGUCUGUAUGGAGGCCUUUUUUCGGGAUGCAUUAUUGUGGGGAGGAGGCUUCACCGCCUGCAAUCCGAGGGGAUCUCCACCUCACCGCCCUGCCAUUAAUCAUCAUCCAAUGGUUUCCUUGAGUUUGAACAGCAUUGUUGAAAUGUCGUGAUCGUUGUCAUUCUUUCUCCCAACCUCUCUCUUAUUGCUACUCCUCGGCAUACCCUAUUCUCGUUGUAAAGUUUCUUUGUGGGGACCACCUCCUUAUCCAACUGACGUGGACCCGCAUUGACCCGGUGGCCACAUUCAUAAGUUCGCCGCCGGCAGCUCGCUCGAGCGGCUUCUUAAGAUAAUCCCGUUCUCGCAUGCCUCCAAGGUCCCCGUCCUCUGCAGCCCUCCGCCUGUGGAACGCUAGGAGUCCCUCAUUUUCAACUCCAGUUUAUCGCUCUAUUGCAAAUUCCGGCGCCCUUGCGGCGAUCGCCUCUCCUUCAUCGAUUUCGCCACGGUUCUUCUCGCAUCGCUCUCCCUGGUCAUCCCGUGUGUGCACUCAUCAUUCCCAUCUCUUGUCGAUUCGUGCCCCAUUUUCUACCAGAACCGCAGCCAUGGCCUCGAUAGAACGCAUUACGGAGCAGUUGGACAAGCCGGAGUUGGAUGACCGCUCGUACCGCGUCAUUCGCCUCCCGAACAAGCUGGAGGCCCUUCUUGUUCAUGACCCUGAUACGGACAAGGCAAGCGCAGCCGUCAAUGUUAAUGUUGGCAAUUUUUCAGAUGCAGAUGAUAUGCCAGGCAUGGCUCAUGCUGUUGAGCAUUUACUCUUCAUGGGAACUGAAAAGUAUCCUAAGGAAAACGCAUAUAACCAAUAUCUAGCAUCCCAUUCUGGAUCGUCUAACGCUUACACUGCUGCCACGGAGACGAACUACUUUUUUGAAGUGUCUGCUACCUCAGAGUCGAGCGAUGGGUCGUCCAGUAGCAACAGUACCCCGACAAACGGGACAACCCCUACCGGACAGACAGACAGCUCUGAAUCCCCGAAUAGUAGUAAACCGUCUCCUUUAUAUGGCGCUCUCGAUCGCUUUGCGCAAUUUUUCGUGGCGCCGCUUUUCUUAGAGUCAACGCUGGACCGCGAGCUGAGGGCAGUAGAUUCUGAAAACAAGAAGAACUUGCAAAGCGACCUGUGGCGUUUAAUGCAACUAAACAAGUCUCUCUCGAAUCCUGCACAUCCCUAUCACCAUUUCUCCACGGGCAAUUUGCAGACGUUGAAAGAAGAUCCGCAAAAACGCGGGCUGAACGUUCGCGAUGAGUUCAUCAAAUUCUAUGAGAAGCAUUACUCAUCUAAUCGGAUGAAGUUGGUGGUUCUAGGACGCGAAACACUGGACGAAAUGGAGCAAUGGGUUGGAGAUCUCUUUGCUGGUGUAAAGAAUAAAGAUCUGCCACAAAACCGUUGGGACGAUGCUCAGCCUUGGCUAGCUGACGAUAUGUGUAAACAGGUUUUUGCCAAGCCUGUAAUGGAUACUCGCUCGCUUGACAUCUACUUCCCUUUCUUAGAUGAGGAGCAUAUGUAUGAGUCCCAACCAAGUCGGUAUAUCAGUCACUUGAUUGGUCAUGAGGGUCCCGGCAGUAUUUUGGCUUAUGUGAAGGCAAAAGGUUGGGCCAACGGCUUGUCUGCUGGUGUUAUGCCCAUUUGCCCAGGAUCUGCAUUCUUCACCAUCUCGAUACGGUUGACAAAGGAGGGUUUACGGCAAUACCGCGAAGUCGCGAAGGCGGUGUUCGAAUAUAUUGCGUUGAUCAAAGAACGGGAGCCCGAGCAGUGGAUCUUCGACGAAAUGAAGAAUCUAGCAGAGGUCGAAUUUCGGUUCAAACAGAAGACGCCGGCCAGCCGAUUUACUAGUCGCCUGAGUAGCGUCAUGCAGAAGCCAUUGCCUCGGGAUUGGUUGCUCAGCGGCUCGCUCCUGAGGAGCUACAACCCGGAGUUGAUCAAGAAGGCACUGUCGUACUUGCGCGCCGAUAAUUUCAGAAUGGUUGUCGUUGCUCAGGACUACCCGGGAGACUGGGACCUUAAAGAGAAAUGGUACGGCACCGAAUACAAGGUCGAGGACGUCCCGAAAGACUUCUUGGCUGAGAUUCAGGAAGCCUUGAAUAGCACCCCGGAAACUAGGCUUUCUGGUCUGCACAUGCCCCACAAAAACGAAUUCGUCCCCACCCGACUCUCCGUGGAGAAGAAGGAGGUCUCGGAGCCAGCAAAGACCCCAAAGCUUAUUCGCCAUGAUGAUCAUGUACGUCUCUGGUUCAAGAAGGACGAUCGGUUUUGGGUGCCUAAAGCCACUCUCCAUGUCACUCUCCGGAAUCCACUGGUGUGGGCUACCCCCGCAAAUCUUGUAAAAUCAAAGUUAUAUUGUGAGCUUGUCAGAGAUGCUUUGGUGGAAUAUUCCUACGAUGCUGAGCUUGCCGGGCUGGACUAUAACCUUUCUGCCAGUAUUUUUGGUCUUGAUGUGUCGGUUGGCGGAUAUAAUGACAAAAUGGCAGUGCUUCUUGAGAAGGUACUCACUAGCAUGCGUGACCUAGUUGUCAACCCAGACCGGUUCCAUGUCAUCAAGGAACGCUUGUCACGAGGAUAUAAGAACGCGGAGUAUCAGCAGCCGUUCUAUCAAGUUGGCGACUACACACGUUAUCUGACUGCCGAGAAAGCAUGGCUCAAUGAGCAAUAUGCUGCUGAACUGGAGCACAUUGAACCCGAGGAUAUUUCGUGUUUCUUCCCCCAGCUGCUCCGCCAGAAUCAUAUCGAGGUGUUAGCGCACGGUAACGUGUACAAAGAGGACGCCCUUCGGAUGACAGAUUCUGUGGAGAGCAUCCUUGAGAGCCGUCCCUUGCCCCAGUCUCAAUGGCAUGUGAGGCGCAACGUGAUCAUCCCUCCUGGGGCCGACUUUAUCUAUGAGCGGGCACUGAAGGAUCCCGCAAACGUCAAUCACUGCAUAGAAUAUUAUCUGUUUGUCGGAAACAUGACAGACGACGCUCUCCGAGCGAAGCUUUUGCUGUUUGCCCAAAUGACCGACGAGCCUGCAUUCGACCAACUCCGAAGCAAAGAGCAACUGGGGUACGUCGUUUGGAGUGGCGCACGUUAUUCAGCCACGACUAUCGGUUACCGAGUCAUUAUCCAGAGUGAGCGUACUGCCCAGUAUCUGGAGUCCAGAAUCAAUGCAUUCCUGAGCAACUUUGGCAAGGCGUUAGAAGAGAUGUCCGAUGAAGAAUUCGAGGGCCACAAACGGAGUGUCGUCAACAAGCGCUUAGAGAAACUUAAGAAUCUGGGCUCCGAGACCACUCGGUUCUGGACCCAUGUUGGUUCUGAAUAUUUCGACUUUGUGCAGAACGAGUCCGACGCUGCUAACGUCCGGACCUUGAGCAAACCCGACCUUAUCAAAUUUUAUCAACAGUAUAUUGAUCCCGAGUCAACAACACGGGGUAAGCUUUCAGUGCAUCUGAAGGCUCAGGCUGGCGCCGAUACCACCGAGCCCAACGAGAGAAACUCUGCGUUAUCGUCGCUACUUGCCAAGCAGUUGGAGACAGCUGGGUUUGCCGUCGAUAACGAUCGCCUGAAGAUCGCAAUUGAAAAACUCGACAUUUCCGCUGGCAACGAGGGUCAAAUUUUGGCUGCCCUUAAGACGUUCCUUACCUCUGAGGUGAAUUUGUUCGAGGAGCAAAUCAAGCCGGUCCUUGAACAGGCCGAACAGAACAUAGGCUUGCAUUUGAAGCAACUCGGACUUGAGUCUAACAAGGAAGCAUCCGUGACGAAUGGCGUUGGAAAACUUGGAGAAAGGCAACACCCGACCUUUAUCACCAAUGUUUCCGAGUUCAAGGCACGCCUUGCUGUCAGCGCUGGCCCUAGCCCUGUGACGGACUUGAGCGAAUAUGAGGACUUUGAUGCCAAGCUCUAAGAGUAGAAUCUAAAAAGGUAUAUUCCUAUUUUCUCUUAGACAUAGCCAAUCUGUAUAGAUUCAGCAUUGAACAUGUGGGUGUUGGGGUGAGUGAUGGGUAAGGCAUCGGUUGGGGUUAUUGGAGCUAUGAGAUCUUGAUAUGUACGUAGUAGAUCCAUUUAGAAACCAAGCGGUUCAGAUAUUGAUAUAACAUUAU